GUCGAGUGAAAAUGAAAACAUGGUGGCUUCACUGAGCAGGUUACCUGUCACGGACUGUCUGAAGCUUUGUCACAAGGUGGUGGAUGGCCUGUGUGGCCGGGAACCUCCUCGCCGGGCGGAUUACAGCGCCACCUGGAGCCUGGAGGAGUGGCUGGAGCUGCUCAGCACCCUGACUGCCUUCUUCCGUCUGGCAGUGGGGAACAACAGCUCAGAUGAAGAGGUGCUGGCUGGGCUGAGAGAUGUGGUCAGCAGUCACUCUGAGAUGUUGCUGAGUGUGGUGCGAGCCAGAGAGGAGGAGAUCCACCGUGCUCUUUUGGAUAGAACCAACUGCAUUUCCUCUACUACUCUGCAGGAUUUCGACUGGCAGCUGAAGUUGGCUCUGUCCAGUGAUAAGAUCUCAUCCCUCCACACUCCUCUGCUCAGCCUCAGUCUGGACCUGAGAGAGAACGGAGACCUCCGGCCUGUCACCAUGGAGAUGAACAGAGAGGAGCUAAACACACUCAUCACUUCACUCGAGGCUGCUAAUAAGGUGGUGCUGCAGUUGAAAUGAUCAACCGUUUGACGGAGCACUGAUCCACGACGACAGGAAGACAAGUGCAUGGAUGGUCAUGUUGUCAAAGAAAGUGUAGAUGAGACUCUGUCAGGAUUGUGUGUGUUGUAGACACAGUGACCGUGUCAUGUUGUGGUCACAUGUAUGCAGGUGAACACAUGUUUUUGGUGUGUACUGUGUUUUGUCAUGAAAAUGCUGAAGUAAAUGUUUUGGUGCUUUU